UUGUCAUCCGCUCAAAUGGCUGCAGAAGAAGACAAGCGGAAGGAGCUGAAGAAGCAUGAUGGCUGCUGAACAUGCUGAUGGAGGAGCUCCUGCUUCUCUGUCUGCCAGUGUUGUGAGAUCUUUUGCUUACUUUACUGUGAAAGACAGGUUGCCAACCAUCCUGACUAAAGUCAUAGACACGAUCCAUCGCAACAAAUCCAAGUUUUUCGAAGACUAUGGAGAGGAGGGUAUUGAGGCAGAGAAGAAAACAAUUUCUUUUCUGUCGAAGCUGAGGAAUGAGCUGCAAACCGACAAACCUAUCCUGGCCCUGUCGGACAACAUGGAAGAUCUGGAAUCUUGGAAUGAGUACCUGCAGAGACAACAGAGGCUCCAAGGAGAUCAAGAUUCAGUCAGCUGGUUCAAGUCUCCGUGGCUUUAUGUGGAAUGCUACAUGUACCGCAGGAUACGGGAGGGUCUCUCGCUCAACCCUCCCAUCUGUGACUUUGAUGUAUUUAAUGAGGGAAAGACUCUGAGCUUUUUUGACUCUCAGCUGGCUGUGAUCGCAUUAUGUACACACCUGGAGGGCAUCAAGAAGCACGUGGAGGAGUCAUCGAAGAGUCAGCUGCAAGAACACUUCCUUCGACUACUGCAGGUUUGUCUGUGGGGAAACCAGUGUGAUCUCUCCAUCUCUGCUGGUAAGGACGUCUCACAGAAGAGCAACUGCUUGGAUUCCCUCAGCAGCCUCCAACCUUUCAUCUUGGUGGAUGAUUCCAACAUGAUAUGGUCAAUUCUCACGUCUCCACAGACGUGUGGAAAAAUCGCGGUCAGAGUGGAUAUUGUUUUAGACAACGCCGGCUUUGAGUUGGUAACUGACUUGGUCUUGGGAGAUUUUCUGAUAUCCUCUGGUCUUGCUCGUGAGAUCCAUUUUUACGGCAAAUCCUUCCCAUGGUUUGUGUCUGAUGUCACUGCCAGAGAUUUCCAGUGGACCAUCCGGCAGACCAUGGCAGCCAAUCACAAGUGGCUGUCCAAGAGUGGAUUCCAGUGGCAGAAAUACCUGAAAGAGGGCGUGUGGUUCUAUCACGACCAUCCUUUUUGGACAUUGCCCCAUGAGUUCUGCGACAUGGCAGCUGAUGCUCCUGACCUGUACUCGACCCUGCAGGGAGCAGACCUGCUGAUCUUUAAAGGAGAUCUGAAUUACAGGAAGUUGACGGGCGAUAGAGCGUGGGACCACACAGUCGGAUUUGGUACCACUCUGCGGGGAUUUGAGCCCACGCCACUGUGCAGUCUGCGGACUCUAAAAGCUAACGUUCAGGUCGGACUGCAGCCCGGCCAGGCUGAGAAGCUCAGCGCCCAGGAUCCAGAAUGGAUGGUCAGCGGCAAGUACGGCGUGAUUCAGUUCUACAGCCCAAAGUCAGAACAGCACGCUGACCGUGCACCUCACUGGGUCAAUGCCGUUGACACAAGUCGACUAGUGGCCGUACAAACACACCUAAAUAUUUAUUUUGCACGAACAACUUUACCAUCUCGUAGUUUAAAAAAAGCACUUUAAGGUUAAAAUUUAAGGGCAAGUUCAUCCACAGAACUAGCUGAUGCGUUCUGUUUAUAUUGAUAUUCAGUUGAAAUGAAGCGUGCAAUUGGAGCGUUUUAAAUCUCCAUCAUAGAAUGCCGCUAUUUUCUCUGUAGUUGAGGAGAGUGAUGAUAAAUGUGAUUACACACUUAUCUUAAUUCAGGGCCGUCUUGAUUGUUUUGCUCAAAACAUCGUUAAUAUGCUAGUAACAGCAUGCUGAUUGCGUUAAAAUUCACUAGCUAAUUGUUUUGACCAGCUUGAAAGAUGAGACUGUUUGGGAUGUGUGACAGUAAAGUAACUGCGUCUUCUACAAAUGAACAGAAACAUCUAUUUUUUUUUUUUUUACACGUGGUUAGGGUCAUUAUGGACUUUGAUAGAUGUUAUUUAAUGUUGUGUGUUACCUGGCUGGAUGUGUGUAUCCCCUGGGGUUCAGGAUCCCAGGCUUUGAUCCCAUGCAGGGUGGGAUGAUUUAAUUACCAUAAAAUUAAAGUUGACAGGGUGCUCUCCCAGGAAGCAGUCGCCUAGGUUAGGCUUUGGAAAUGAAAUGAGCUAUUCAUCUGCACCUGGUCCUAAGUUCCAUGUUGAAUUCAGUAAAAUGUUUUUUCCUCUGCAGUAAUCAGACAUGUCCAGCAGGUGGUAUAGUUCGUUACAUACAUGGCAAAGCAUAUUUGUUUUGUGUUGAUCUGGUGUCCUAGUUGUUGUUCAUUUAUUGCGAUAUCUCAAAAACUAACUAACUUUUAUUUUCUAAUUUGGCAAGGGCGUAAUAUGGGCCGGUGACAUUGUUCCCGUCUAAAAAUCGUAUUUGUAGAUUCGUUUGUUUGGAAAUGGCGGCCAUUUUUAUGUCAAAAAUAGCCAUUUUGAGCACUUAAAGGCAUUUCUCUAACAUUUUUUUCUAAUUUGUCAAGGGUGUAAUACAGUUCAUUGACGUAUUUCCCAUUAAAAAAAUUAUAAUCAGAGUCAGUCGUUUGAGAAUGGCGGCCAUUUUUAUGCCGAAAACAACCAAUUUGGGUAUUUGGACCCAAUUUUUCAAAAACUGUCUGGUAACUUUUCUUUUAAGUUAGCAAGGGCACAAUAUUGGUAAUUGACAUUGUUGCCGUCCCAAAAUUAUUUGCGUAGAUUCGUUUGUUUGGAAAUGGCGGCCAUUUUUAUUUCAAAAUUGCCCAUUUUGCCUUGGGCUUUAAUUGAGCCGGUAACCCACAGGACCCUUGGCGCGCUAGUCUUUUUGUUUUUUUUAUUUUCUUUUUGUUUGUUUUUGUUUUUUUUUUUUUUGUUGUUUUUUUAUCCUGUUUAACAGGAGGUGGAGGAUUCAUUCAUCUCUUUACUCACUGCAUUUUUUUUAAAUGCUGAAUGUUUUUGCUAAAGUUGAGGAAUGUCCUUAAUUAUUGUGAUCUAACAUGCUGUGAUAGAUGGUCAAGUUCAUGUUUAUUUAGUCACCUGUCUGCUGCUUUUUUCCUCUAAUGUUGCUCGGGGAAAGCAGUUUGUGUGCGUGUGGUGCGGUUUGAUUUGAUAAAGAACUGCAUUGGCUGUUUGGCCCAUGUGGAUAAUAAAUGGGAUCGUGAUGAAA